AUGUCUGAGAGGGCGGAAUGGAAGCAGGAGAAGAAUCGCCUCAUGGUGCAGUGCGAGCAGUACUCUCAGGAGCUGGAUCAGUGCAAGAAGGAUUGGACAUGCUUGAAGCAAGAGGCAACGAGCCUCCAACAACAGAUGGAAGAGUCCAAAGAGGCAGAACAGAUCAAGAAGCUACGCUCAGAAAUCCGCUUGCUGAAAAGUCGUCUGGCGAGCAGCAAUGCGACGGUCGAACGCUUAAUGAGUCGUAUCGGCAGGAUGGAGGAGCCUGACACGGCCGAGGGCGAGACGGCCGAGAGCAAGAAGCACGAGAAGCCAUUGAGGGAGUUGCAAAAACAGUUGAAGGACAAAGACGAAGAGUUGAGGCAAAGCUCCAAGCGCUUGAAUGAGGUGGACAAGGAACUCGUGGACGCCCAGAGUAGCAACAGAGACUUAAAGGAGACACAAGCACAGUUGAAGAGUCGCAUCCGCACACUGGAAGCCGCGCUUGAGGAAGCAGAUGGUGCGUUGCUGUGCCGUUUGCAGAAGAUCCUGGGCAUCACUGCGGUGCGGGAGCGAAGUCAAGAAGAGGUGGACAAGCUUCGGGAUGGAUUGCGGAAGCAGGUGAAAAGCAAAGAAAGGCCGCACCACUGGAAGGUGGGACUCUUGGACUCAGUCAAGUUCAAGCGGCAACAGAUAGAGAGCAUCGUCACUGAGCUUUCGGAGGUUGAAGUCCAGCGACUUUCCCUUCAAAGUGAGUACAUCAAGGCUAAGGCCAAGCUGGACAAGCGUGGCAAACAGAAGACCCUGGCGGAGGUGACCGUCUCCUCACAGCAGGGCUUCAAGACGGAGCUCUGUGUGUUCUUCAAAACCGACUCCUGCACAAAGGGCAAAGCAUGCACUUUUGCUCAUGGCGAGGCUGAAUUGAUCAAGUCGGGUUCCAGGCAGUCGGAUGCUUGCAGCAAUGACAUCGAGACAGACAGUCGUCUCAAAGAAUUUCAGGAUUUGAAUGAAAGGGUGAAGUCUUUGAAGAGCGACAAGCGGCAGCUGGAGGCGGAGAUCUGCAAAUUCGAGAUGGACGACGAGCUUCACCAGUACAACGAUGCGCUCCAGGCUGCAGAAGACGUGUGCAGCGCACUUGGCGAGCAGGACUUCGCAUCGAAACUGUUCAAUCCUGGCGUGCCAACAAAGGAGGAUCGCCGUGAUAUCAAACCUGACUCCACACUGUUCAGGUUUGUCAAAGGCCUGAUGCUUCGGUCAUUAACCCACUCCCGGCUCAGCUUCCAUUCCAAUGAAUGGUGUCAGCUUGCACAGUAUGACAUCAUUCACAUCAACGCAUGCAUCAACCCAGAGCUGUCGACUCGCUACAAGUUCGAGCAACUGAAGCUUGCCCAGAAGCACCCGGAUGGGGUCAAGCUUCCUGGCAAGCUGCAUGCCCUCGAGUUGGACUCGAGCGUCGGCGAGCUCGCUCUUUUCCAUGGCUGCCGUGAGGAGGUUGUCCCUCAGAUUCUCCAGCAGGGCUUUGACUUCCGCAUUGCUGGUCGCAAUAAGGGUACAAUGUUUGGCGCCGGCACAUACUUCGCAGAGAAUGCGUCCAAAUCGGACUUCUACAGCGAGCCAAACACCCAUGGUCUUCGCCAUAUGAUCUUGGCAAAGGUUCUAGUGGGUCAUCCAUACAUCGCCAAGGGAUCAGGGAGCUGGACUCGGCCACCAGCUCGGGACAUGCCUGACCAACAGGUGGCGGGCGAUGGACUUUAUGAUUCCGUCAUGGGCGAGCGCCGAGAUCUGGAAGGUUGCGUAGACCACCGCGAGUUCAUCAUCUAUCACCAGCACCGUGCUGUACCUCUGGCCGUGAUCACCUACAAGCACUCCUACUUUCCCCUGGACAUUUUCUGGCCGCAGAACCGGCGGCAGCUGUAUGCUCAGAUCCUUCCGCACACUCCGGUGGAGCUGGACCAGAUUCUGCUGGAUGUCUCCACCCUGGCGGCCAUGCCUCCGUGGCCUUGGGGCCACUUGAUUUAUCACGAGGUUCUACAGAAAGCCUUCUUGUCAGGAGUCCCGGGACAGCUGGCAGAGUUCGGCGUUGGCCUGGGCGGAAGCUCUUUGUUCUUCGGGCAGCUUGCGAGGCGAGAAGGCCGCAAGCUGCUUGCAGUGGACUCCUUCGAGGGGCUUCCUGCUCCUGAUGCCCGAGACAACCUCUACUUUGUGGAAGGGGACUUCGGGUUUGACGGGGACCAUAGAACAUUCUUCCGCGAGCUGCUGGUAAGCUUUGGCCUGGCGGACACCGUGGCGCUGGCGAUUUCGCCGUUCCGAGACGUGCAGCUGCCGAGUCUCUUCCAGCAGCUGGCGUUUGUGCACAUUGACGGGGAUUUGUACCAGUCUGUGCUGGAUGCUUUCGAAAAGGUUUGGGACAGGGUGUCUGACGGCGGCAUUGUAGUCGUUGAUGACUUCUUCCACAAGGUCCAGGGCCCUGCGCGUGCCACCGCCGAUUUCUUCAAAGCAAGGAAGAUGGAGCCGCCGGUGCUCUUCGUGGUCCCAGCCUAUGCGGUGUUGCUCGUGAAGGGGCGCUAUGCGACCAUCGACGGAAAGUCUGAUGCUUUUCGAGCUCUGGAUGGCAACUUCUACUCCUUUGAGCUCUUGCGGGGCUAUGAGCCCUUAGUGCAGGCUGUGCGGGCCUCGAUCGCUCGGGCCGGGCGGGCCAGCGGCCCACGCCCGGGUCAGAACGCCCUUGCCUUUCUGGAUUUCCUUUCGUACCCAGUGGAUGGAGCCCAGAGUGGUGCAGACAUCUUCAGGUACCUGGCUCCGCUGGAGGACAUGAUCGAUCUGAGUGAUGGUGGAGCAUUCGUUCCAAAUGGACCUCGACAGGCAAGGAGGAUGCGAAUCCCCCUGAGGCGACCUGAGCAUGCCUUCACGGACUGUCGGCCUGCACAGACGGAGCUAUGCAGCAAACUGGGCCUUGCGGUGCUGGAGAAUGCGUCGCACAUGGGCCUGGAGCAGAUUGAGGCGGAGGUCGAGCGCUUGGCCGACGAGCUCAAUCCAUGGGAAGCAACUGCGGCAACGCACAAUGCCGAGCGUCUGGAUCAGAUCGCCGCAUGGCCGCAGGGUUGA